AUCGACAAAUUGACCAUCUCUAGGCUAACCUAGUUUUUUUUUCUUUAAUUAGUGUGAAACGUUUAGGACUUUUUAGAUAAAUUGUAACUUAAAUUAGACGAUUAGAUUGCACUUAAGUAAUCCAUCGACAUGCGACCAGUAUUUGCCUUCCUGCUGCUGGCGCUCCUCUGCUUCGCCAGCACCAAAUCGGAGUCUGACUCUGACUUUGAGGAAGACAAUAAUGAUUUUGCGGAAUUCGAUGAUGAGUUUGUGGGUGGCAGCUACUACACUGAGCCAGCGGCAAAGAAUGCAGAGGCAUCGGCUGGAGGAUUGGGUUCCAACGAUGGCGAUGGAAAGGAGGAGCGCCCGGAGCAGCCCCGUAAAGUAGCACAAAGCGCGGACAGCGACGAGGAGGAUGGACUCGUUGAGGACGACGAUGAGUUCGAACACUUUCAGGAUGAGGAAGAGUUCGAGGGAUACGAUGGCGGUGACUCCAAAGAUCCACCCAUAGAUCAAAAGACAGAACCCAAACUCAAUAUUCCCAAUAUCCCGCUUCAUUUCCGCACCCACUGGGAUUCCUAUUGGAUGGAAAUGCUCAUGGUGGCUGGAUUGUUGGCUUACUUCGCCAACUUCUUUGCGGGAAAGGCCAAAAACGCGAAGCUGGCUCAGUUGUGGUUCAGCACACACCGAGCCUUGCUGGAUGAGAAUUUCGCUCUGGUUGGCGAUGAUGGCAAAGCCGAAAACGAGAAUCCUGGCCUGAUCAAAGAGAGCGAGAGCCUGUAUACGCUCUGGUGCUCUGGCAGGACCUGCUGCGAGGGCAUGCUCGUUGAGCUGAAAAUGAUCAAGCGACAGGAUCUGGUGUCCUUGGUGGCGGGACUAAUGCGGCCACAGCUGGAUCAGGCUCACAUCAAGAUCGAAUUAACACGCGGUGUAAUGGAUGCAUUUGUAUUUGCAGUUGGCAGUAAAAAGACUAUUACCAAGGUCUUUAAGGAGUACACAGAUUUGAGCAAAUUCUGUAGUCUAGUCGGAAAGCCGGAGGAUCGUUACAACGUUCCCAAUGGCUUUGGCGUGCUCUCUGAAAUCCCAGAGGCCACGUCCGCAAUACUCGAGUCACGCGUUAUUACUGCACUUAACAAAUACCAAAGCUAUAUCGAUUACCUGCACAUUUCGGACCAAUUCAGCGGUCCCAUCCAGCAGGAGGAGAGCGGAACGCUCAAGCAGCCAGAGACCAAGGCCGUUCUCCUGGCUGGAUUCAACCUGCCGAAGCAUGCCGAAAUGGAGACCAUUAAACCAUUGUUAUUGUUGAUCUUUUAUUUGAUGGAACGCCUAAAGACUUACCGCAUGUCCAAGGAGGGCAAAGCCAAGUCGGACAAGAAUCGCCAACGGGUGGAGGAAGAGUUCUUGAAGAGCACACAUGCCGCUCGCGCCGAAGCAGCCGCCCAACGCCGCGAGGAUAAACGCAAGCAGGAGAAGGAACGCAUUUUGGCCGAUGAGGACCCCGAGAAGCAGCGUCGCUGGGAGCUCAAGGAGCAGAAACGACAGGCCAAGAAGAACGCACCCAAAAUGAAGAGAUUGGCCGUCAAAUCCCUGUAGAUUUGUGUUUAGUGUGCCAUUUAGCUCCUUCUCAAAGUAUUUGACCAUUUGUAGCUGUGUCCCACAAAUGCCAGAAUAAAGCAAUAUCUGUUUCCUAUGGAGCGCCAAAACAA